AUUAUGUUUAGACACUUUUUAUCAUCGUUGGGUGGUCGAUUGACAUCUAAUGUAAACACUACCACUACCUCAACAGCAUAUACUUCUACCAUGAACUUUGUUCGACCUCGAGUAUUAACUGGUUCCAGUAGCAUUCUCAACUCCACUUUGGGUGCUUUCCGGUCUCCCAUAUUUCCUGUAAACCCAAUGCAAAUGCGAUUUGUUACCUAUGGCAAUACAUAUCAACCCUCCAAUUUGGUUCGUAAACGACGACAUGGAUUCUUAUCACGUAUGGCAAAGAAAAACGGACGACGGGUGAUUGCAAGACGUCGAAUGAAAGGUAGAAAAUAUUUAUCUCAUUGAUUGGUCAAUAAAGGAAAUAUCUUGGAAUUUAUAUACAAGCCUACAUACACCCACGAACGCACAUACACAAAUACACACGUACACCAUACGACCUAAACAAAAAUUGACUUUAUACACCCCAUUCUAUUGAUCUCAUAAGUACACACAACCUUCAUUUUUUUUGAUUAGUAUUCUUCUCUUUUACACACAUACACACACACCAUACAUCUUAUUAUUGUACAGUUUAUUUACCUUAUUGAAAUGGAAAAUAUCAAAAUAAAGCAAUCAUAGAC